AUGGCGAGCAGGCGGACGGGCGCCCCCGCUGCUGCUAGUCUCCCGGCCCGACAGACUCGCGGCUGCGCCACGCGGUGCCGGAGUGUCCGAGAGGAAGGGGGAGGGGCCGGAACCUACCAAGUGCCGGGGAGAGGGGGGAAGGAAUGGUAUUUCCCCGAAGGAAGGGUACCGCCCUUCCCGGCGUGCGCUGUGCGGGAUGUCAAGAUGGCGGUGCGGUGGCUGGGUACCGUGUCGUGGCGGCAGUCGGGACAGCUCCGCGGACGGGGUCGUUUGCAGGCGCCCGGCUCCGGGAGGGCGCAGCCGGGCAGGCUUUGUUCAGAAAGUGCAUCACUUCAGAAGACUGUAUCUGAUCCAGGAGUUCCCAACGAAGAAGUUGUCAUUCCAAGAAGGAAAACAUGGGAUAAAAUUGCAGUUCUUCAAGCACUUGCAUCUACAGUAAAACGUGAUCCCACUUCAGUUCAUUAUAUGAUUCAUGAUGACCCUUUCCUUAUACCAAAAAGCUCCACAGAGUUCCAUAUAUUUGCAUUGAGUAAGCAGUCUGGGGAAAAUGCUGCAAAAUACAUCAUUCAUGAAUUUCCUCGCUAUUUUGAGAGAGAUAUCGCAGAGCCUCAUAUCCCAUGUUUGAUGCCUGAGAACCUUAUACCUCAGAUUGAAGGAGUAAGUGAAGCAGCUCUUAAAGAACGUAUCCAGCUCAGGAAAGUAAAAGCUUCUGUGGACAUGUAUGAUCAGCUCCUGCAAGCAGGAAGUGCUGUAUCUCUCAAGACAACGAACAGUCUUCUGGAUCUCUUGUGUUUCUAUGGAGACCGAGAGCCUGUUAGAGAUUACCUGCCUGACAAAGAAAUGACAGAAGAAUUCAAAGAAAUAGCUCCAAUUAAGCAAAAGGAGGGGAGGUAUCUGAGGAACACCAAAGGCAUUGGUAUUUAUAAUUGGAGGGAGAACAACAAUGCUGAAAGGAUUUUUAACCUGAUGCCAGAGAGAAAUGCACACUCCUACUGCACAAUGAUCAGAGGAAUGGUGAAGCAUGGGGCUUAUAUGAAGGCUUUUAUCAUGUACAGAGACUUACUGAAUGAAAGGCACAGGGCUGAUGUAGGUACCUUCAACGCACUACUCUUAGCAGCCCCAAGAAUGAAAGAAAAUUCUGUUGAAAGAUGGGAACUUACUAAGGACUUGCUGACGUGCAUGGCUCAACAGAAUGUGCAACCCAACGUGUUAACGUUCAAUAAUAUACUGAAAGGUCUGAAAUAUUGUGGUGCCUUGGGAAAGACUGCUUCCUUACAGGUACUGAAUGAAAUGAAAGCAGUUAAUAUAGAACCCAGCCUUGCAUCGUUUAAGCAUAUCCUUGACACGUUUGAUGUACUUCCAGGAGGCACAGGAAAAAUCAUCGUAGAUAUCCUGAAUAACAUUGAAAGGGAGAAUGUUGUUCUUCAGGACCCAGAUGAUCCUUUGUUCUUUGUCACUGCUAUGCAAGUGUGUAUGAAUCUCAAAGAUUUGGAGCUUGGAUAUAGAGUGCAUAGGCUAUUGGAGACGAGAGGCAGGUGGAGACUUUUGAGUAUGAAUCUGCAAUAUGCAUAUUGUGCACGAUUCUUCACUCUUCUGUGCAUGAUGGAACAAAUUGAUGAAGUAAUGAAGUGGUAUAAAGAAAUGGUCCCUUCUCUGCUUUACCCAAAUUAUAAAAUAAUGCAUGAUUUACUUCAAGCUGUGGACGCGGCCAACAGCUUGGAAAUGUUGCCGCAGGUCUGGGAAGACCUCAAGCAGUUUAAUCAUGUCUGCAGACCUGAGAUACUGAAGCAAGUUUUGACUCUGAUGACCAGGGAGCAGCACCCACAGGAGACUCAAAUGAUAUUUGCUAACUGUGCUGCAGAAAUCAAAUCUAUGCUUGAAGAUUCAGAAAAUACUUUGUUCUCUCACAAGUGGAUAGCCAGCAUUCUGGGUGACAUGGCCAUAAUAUUCUCCAGGGCUGGAAGAACCCAAGAUGCCUGGAACAUGCUGGAAAUGUUACAAAAACAGAAUUGCGUCCCUAGUGUCCUGGUGCUGGAUGAGGUCUUGAACUCCAUCAAACGCAGCAACCUCCCUGACCAGGCCCUCAAGCUUGUAAAGCUGGCUGCUGAAUUUAGUUUGCCAACGACCCCAAAGCUCGCAAGCAGGGUGCUGGAGGAGUUUGGGCUCUCUGAAGAACAGAAGAAGAUUUUGAAGAACAUUAGCGACGAUAGUGAUAGCGACAGUGACAGUGACAAAUGAUCAUCUGCCUCGCGAACAAAGAACGAGACUUUUCACUGCUUCGUUCCAGAGCCAAAUGAAAGGAAGCGAGAGAACUGCGUGGGCUGUGGCAAUAACUUUUGCGUUGCAGGACACAGGAUUUGAUUGACCAGUCAGACGUAAAACAUUGUAGAAGCUUGUGCUGUUCUAUGUGAGGACUGAACAAGCUCUCCCAGCACUUCUCUCCCAGGAACCAGCAGAGGAGUUUCAACCCUCCUACUCCAACUUUGUCCAGUGCAUGGCGGGACAUACUCCAAUGAAGGAAUGUACCACUUGUACAAGCCCUACUGCUAUGCCUAAUUUACAGACCUGCUGGAGGCAGCCUUUGCUCUUGCAUCCAUUCCAACCACCCUGUACAAAAUAACACGAGUUUAUACAGGGUGACUUUCUCACCCUUCCCCAGCUGCUGUUCUGGACCAGUGGGUUACAGAUGCUAGAGCUGUGAUAGCUGCCAUGUACGAUGAUGGUCUAUAUAGUUUGGGACUUCCUAAUGAGUAAAAACGGCUGCUCUUACUUCAA